AUGAUAUUGCGCGUUCUGAUACUGUGCUUCUUCCUUGCUGGCGGUGCAGUAGCCCAGACAUGCAGUUCUUCAAGCCGUUGUGAGAACGGCUGCUGCAAUACAAAUGGAUUUUGCGGCUUUGGUCCCGAUUAUUGCGGCGAUAAGUGCAUUUCGGAUUGUGAUAGGAAGUCUGAAUGCAAUCCCGGAUUUGACUCAAAAUGGGCUAAGAAGGAAAAAUGCCCAUUGAAUGUUUGCUGUUCAAAGCAUGGCUACUGCGGCACUACCCAAGACUUUUGCGGCAACAAGACAGUAUCUCACAAGACUUGCUCGAAGAAUAAUGGCAACCAGCGCAUAAUCGGCUACUACGAAGGGUGGGUGUCAAAUCGCCCUUGCAAUGUUUUCUGGCCAGAGCAGAUACCUGUCGGCCUCUACACACACAUCAACUUUGCAUUUGCAACAAUCGAUCCAAAAACCUUCAAGGUUGGGCCGUCCGCCCGCGAUGAUGUCAGCCUCUACAAGCGUAUCAUGUUGCUGAAACAGAAAGAUCCUGAUCUUAAAGUGUUCAUUGCCAUUGGAGGAUGGACAUUUAAUGAUCCGGGACCUACAGCAACCACAUUUUCUGACUUAGCUGCGUCAAUUCCGCGACAGAAGUCGUUCAUCGAGUCACUGCUCUCGUUCAUGUCCACGUACGGAUUCGACGGGGUCGACCUUGACUGGGAAUAUCCAGCAGCGGAUGACCGAUCCGGCCGAGAAGUUGAUUUCGACAACUUCCCCAAGUUCAUGGCACGUUUGAAGUCAUCGCUAGAUUCCGCUAGUAAGGCUAUUUCCAUCACUCUCCCGGCUUCCUUUUGGUAUCUGCAGCACUUCGAUCUGAAAGCACUGGCUAAAUCGGUGAGCUGGUUCAAUGUCAUGUCAUACGACUUGCAUGGUACCUGGGACAAGGGCAACAAAUGGACAGGCAACUUCCUCAAUGCACACACGAAUCUCACCGAGAUCAAGGAUGCUCUCGACCUCAUAUGGAGGAACGAUAUAGACCCCGGGCAAGUUGUUAUGGGACUUGGCUUUUACGGGCGGGCCUUCUCAGCAACAUCUCAGUCAUGUCUUGAGCCUGGAUGUACCUUCGAAUCAGGCGGCGAGAGAGGAAAGUGUAGCAGGGAAGUUGGCAUCUUGUUGAAUUCUGAAAUUGAUGAUCUGGUAAAGCAGAAUAAAGUCAAGCCUAAACACUACAAGAAAGAGGCUGUCAAGGUAGCUACGUGGGGAAAUCAAUGGGUAGCCUACGAUGACGAGGAAACAUUCGCGCAGAAGUCCGAGUUUGCACAGACAUACUGUCUGGGCGGACUGAUGGUUUGGGCAAUCAGCCACGACACGAAAGAUACCAAGUACAACAAAGCGCUCGCGAAGGUUGCGAAUCGUAAGAUCACAUCCUUGCCAAUGACAGACGGAUCUGAUGAGCCUUAUAAGUUCGUCGACUUUCCAAAUCCGCAAUGCAAAUGGACCAACUGCGGCGAAGGAUGCCCAAGCGGAUGGGUACAUAUGACGCGAGAAGACUCUGGUAAACGUGGGAAAGAGUACAUGUUGGAUGAAAGCGCGUGCGCUGGGAGCGGAGUUCAUGCCUUUUGCUGCCCGACCAACGACAAACUACCCACAUGUGGAUGGUACACGCACCACAAUGGAAACUGCGAUCAGAAGUGUCCUGAUGGAACGGUCGAGGUGGGCUCCAACAACAUGUACUGCAAGAAGAAUUACCAGGCGGCAUGCUGUACGACCGGCAGCAAGAGCAUGAAGUUAUAUAUGAAAUGCGAAUGGGGACAGUACCCCAUGUGUAACUCGCAGGCAGGGUGCCCGGGUUCCGACUCUUCAAAGAACACUUUGUUAGCUGUUUCAUCGGGUGGGACUGGGGGCGGGUCUUGCAAUAUGUGGAAACUGGGUGCGCCAGGAAGCGGUAUAUUCGAAGUACAGCAGCGAAAGUUCUGCUGUGAUACCAGCGAGAAGAAAGGGACGUGGUCCGACUGCGAAUGGUACAAUAACUAUGGCCUCGGUCCCUCAGGAGCUCCAGAAAAGUUCUGUCGAAGUGGCUGCCCGAACGAUAGGGUUCGCGUUGCCAUGGAUCAAUGGUCAACGGACUGUUACGUAGGUGGAGGUGGAGGCGGCAAAGCUCGUUGCUGUAUCCCAAGCUACUCUGAUACAGUCGAGGUGGAGAACCCAAAACUCGACCAGUAUCGCUCUGAUAUGAAGAGAUAUCUGGACAAUCCAACCUGCAAGAAUCCGGGCCCUAUAUUCGAUUCUCGCGCAGUAGGAAUGAUUAACACCGAUCGUUUUAUGCGAAACCGAAUUCGAAACGGUGAACUAACGGUAAGGAGUGAAGCGGACGGCGUCAACUCCGCUAAUGGGCUUUUGCUGUUGUUAGUCACGAAGUCAGCGACAACAGGAAUGCUGGAAGCUUUGGAAAAGAUUUGGGAUGACUCAGUUGGGGAUAAGUAUCCGAACUUGAAGAUAUCGGGCCUUCGCAGCUUCAUUACUCGCCUUCCCAAUUAUGGAAGUGAAGGUCCUAUACAGAUUGUACACAGCAUUAUCUGCAGUCCACACUAUUGGAGCGAUCGAGCCGGUAAGAAGAAGCUUGUCUGUAUUGAUGGUAUCUGUACCAAAGACUCGUGUGACGGUGUGGAAGGAAGAUCACUGCUCGACAAGAGGAUUCUAUCUGCAAGAGACUAUUCACAUACGUUGAAUGAUGGGCAUGGAGGUCAAAUUACGAUCACCACUACCCUUCCCCGGUAUCAAGGCAUAUACGACCUAGCUACCACCGAUCCCAUGAAUGACGAGGCUGUGGACUUUGCGGAUAGAGACGACUGUGAGAAUACUCGCGUAGCGCACUUCUCACUUCCAAGCGCAGAGAGAUUCGAGAUGGAACAUACUUUCGAUGGUAACUUGAUUGGGCGCUUCAUGCAGGAUGCAGCAGCUGGAAGGCUAAGAAGCGGUUCAACAGCAAGAACCGGGCCGGUCGCGAUUUCAUUCUUCCGAACGGCUCGUACCAUGCCUCUUUUACCUGGGGCACCUACCCUUCCCGGAGGGGCAGACAGCCUUGUGAGGUUGUUUGAUAGGGUGAUGGCAAGCGUGGGUAACGAAUGGAGUACCGCCAACUUCGUCAUCGCCCACAAAGACAUCAAUUAUGUCAAGACUUUCUUGAUGCAAGGGCAAGAUCCCAUAGCUCGCACUCGGCUGCCAGCACUUUGUUCCAACUACGACGACCCAGGCUACGUUUUGACACGAGUACGAGCUUCAAUAGGUCUGAUUCAUUACCUCAAUCAUCAAGGCACCCCCAACACUUAA